CCUCGCCCUCGCCCUCGGCGCCCGCAGCGCGUAGGCCGCCCCCUCCCCCGCGCGCCGCCGCCGAACCCCCAGGCGCUCGAAAGGGGGCGCAGGGGUCCCCAGACCCGCGGCCAGGAACAUGGCGAAGGUGGAGCAGGUCCUGAGCCUCGAGCCGCAGCACGAGCUCAAAUUCCGAGGCCCCUUCACCGACGUGGUCACCACCAACCUGAAGCUGGGGAACCCCACGGAACGGAAUGUGUGCUUCAAGGUGAAGACCACGGCGCCACGCAGGUACUGCGUGCGACCCAACAGCGGGGUCAUCGACGCGGGCGCCUCCAUCAACGUGUCCGUGAUGUUGCAGCCUUUUGAUUAUGAUCCCAAUGAGAAGAGCAAACACAAGUUCAUGGUUCAGUCUCUCUUCGCUCCGGCCGACACCUCGGACAUGGAGGCUGUAUGGAAGGAAGCAAAACCGGAAGACCUCAUGGAUUCGAAACUUCGAUGUGUGUUUGAAUUGCCAGCGGAAAAUGAUAAACCCCAUGACAUAGAGAUCAAUAAACUCGUCUCCACCGCGGCUUCCAAGACCGAGGUCCCCACACUGGCCAAGUCCCUGAGCCCAGCACUGGAGGAUGCAGAGGUGAAGAAAGUGAUGGAGGAGUGUAGGCGGCUGCAGGCCGAGGUCCAGCGGCUGCGGGACGAGAACCGACACUUCAAGCAGGAAGAAGAUGGACUGCGGAUGCGGAAGGCCGUGCGGAGCAGCAGCCCCACGCCCGCCCUGGCCUCGGCGGCCACAGGCAAGGAGGAGGGCCUGAGCGCCCGGCUGCUGGCACUGGUGGUGCUGUUCUUCAUCGUGGGCGUCAUCAUCGGCAAGAUCGCCUUGUAGAAGCAGCAUGCGGAUUGGCCGGCGGGCGGCGCGUUCCCCAUCACCAUGUGUAUAAAGAAACCAGUAUCUGACGACAUCUCACAGGUCUUGCCUUUCAGUCCCCCCUCUCCCUGCUGGUGCGUCCGCGCACGCGCAACCAUAUAGCUACCAACAACCAACCUUGUAGGAAGUCGGGCCCGGCCGUCUCCCCAGAGCAGGAAGAGCUCGGUGGAGGCCACGAACCCUGAAGCCGCAGGCCGCAGGUCGUGGCCGUGGCAGAAUGUCAGUGGCAUCCAGAGCCGGGGACAUGCCCGCUGGGCCUCCGCUCUCAGGAUAGGACACUCGGUCUGGCCCCUCGGGGAGCCAGGGCCCAGCGCAAUGCAAGGAGACACCCCCACCCCCGCACGCUGCUCCCCACCCCCUGCUGCCCCUCUUGCUCCUCCCGCCCAUGCUGUCAGCUCCCCCAGCCGGAGAGAAGGGCCUGGCACCCCUGUGCACGUAGGGGGCGGGGGGUGCUGUGUUCCCCCCGGAGCUGCCUGGCCUCCUGGAACUGAGAGUUGAUGCUUCGUUUCCUUCAAGCGACCAGGCUCCCUCGCUGGGUUCACACAGCAAAGGCAGCUGGGAGGGUCCCAAGGUGGCGACCACGCACCUAACUUAUUGAAUGGAGCUCAUUUCGCGGGGCCAGGGGCAGAGCAGGCCUCUUGUCUGCUGCACAUUCAGCUCUGGGAAGGGGGCAGCUGUCUGGGGGCCAGGGGGUACCCGCCAGGAUGGGCUUCUUUGGAACGAAGUGGCCAGUGUGGAGGACAGUCUUCAGGUGACGGUCUGUCUGCCUUACCCCUUCCCCAGGAAGCCAGGAGCGGCCCCCCAUCUGGUUCCCUCGCUUGCACUCCUGUUCCCAGCACACACAAUGCCCCGGAGUCUGGGGCUCCGGCUGGGUGCUGGCCAGUGGGGGUUACGGGCUCCUGGGUCAUCGUCCAUCGAAUGGUGAUUGAGAGUUUGACUGUGAAUCGAAUUUAUGCCGUGAAAGACCAAUCCAAUUCCGUUUGACUAUGUAGCAUCUUUAAAAGAAAUGAAAAUAAAGCCCCAAAUUAAAAGUU